AUGAGCCAUGCUACAGAGCAUUGCUCCUUCGUCUUGCUGGCCGAGUUCGACAUUGACAAGGGUGCCCAAUUAACGUACCAAUUCCCACAACCAUUAGGUGCAGAUGAAGGACUGCUGGCCAACUUAAUGCUGCCCGACGGCGCGGAGAAGCAACUCGAGGACUGGACAAUAUUCUUCCUUAAUCAAACGCCGUUCAAUACGAUCGCACCCGUGCUCGCACUGGAUAAUGCAAAUAAUGGGGACCCGGAGGCCGGUAAACAAGAUAUUUUGUAUGUGCUCAAUCUGGUGCGGACAAAGCACGACAAGACAGUCCGGAGAGGCGCCGUCGUGAAGGCCAUGGCGAUAUGCACCCGCCAUCCGUUCAUUCAAAUAUUCAAGCCAGUAUUGCUGCUCGCACUGGACGACUACUAUACAACGCCGUCGCAGGAUUGUCUAGCUCGCUUGUUCGACGCCAUCAACACCAUGGACAUCUCAGGCGCUCCCGUUCUCACCAGAGCAGAAAAACUUGUCAUGCGCAGCUCUGAGCGCAAAGACGUGUUCGCGGAGAAGUUCUUACCCUCGCGACCUCCGGCGGAACAACCGUCACUCUCGCGGAAGCUCCACAAGCCCACACAAUCCACUGCGUCUUACUCGAGCUUCGAGGAAGGCAUCUUGAAUCGAACGAAGGAGCCUACCGGUCGUGAUCGUUCGGGCACCGAGUCUACCAUCGGCUCCUCUGGGACCAACGGCAGCUACCCCGCAUCGGUCCCUCUACCCGCUUCCCUGCCUAACAACACCGGCCCGCUUAACAACGGCAUGAACUCGUCGCCUUCGGACCAGUCCUUCAAUCUUGGCGGCAGUGCAGUCUGGGUAGGGGAUGAGAGUGAGCUUGUGGGCCAUGUCCCUCAGUCGGCUGCUCAGACUAGCAGUGCUGCCAGCGCGAUCGGAAGAGGGCGAAGAUCAACUGACGCGUCUUCAACGUCGUCGCACGGCUACCCCAGGCCACCUAUCGCCAUGGGCCCUUCAGAUCCGCAGAUGCGCGCUGGCCAUACGAAGGACACGCACUUCUACCAGACGUCUAUAGACUAUAAGGGUCUUCAGCUUCCUAUCAAGAUGCCAUUGUCGACGUUCUCCGAGGAAGUAGGAGAGUACUCACUCAUCUCGCUCAUCCAAGCGCUUUCCAAUCCUGUCGCCACUGUCACAGGGCCUCUGCACCCCCACUUGCAUACGAAUGGAGUCCUGACACAUCCGAUUAUACUCUUAUUCAACGCUCUUGUCACCGGCAAGCGCAUCGUCUUUCUUGGAUACAAUCGGGCCGCUGGUCAACUCUCCAGUUACGUUCUGUCUGCAUGUGCUCUGGGAUCUGGAUGCGGCACCAUCCUUCGCGGAUUCAUCGACCGUGCAUUCCCGUAUGCCAACCUCAACAAUCGAGACGAAUGGGAAGGAUUACCGUCAUACAUCGCGGGCGUCACGAACCCAAUCUUUGAACAGACAGGCAAUUGGGACCUACUCUGUGAUGUCGGCGGAGGCCGCAUGGUCGUGUCGAAGGACAUACACAACAACUAUCCGUACACUCCCUCCGUGAUUGGUGGACCACCUCAGCUUACGCGCGUGGGUACGAUCAAGACCGACUCGCUCACCGGUGAAGAAGAACCAUCACGACCUGGUGAAAAGCGGAGCGACUUCACCGCCAAGACGGAUAGCGCAGACAACAUGUUCGUCGAGGAUAUCAUCACCGCUAUCAACUAUCACUUCGGGGAAGGGCUCGUCCGCGCUCGCUUCACGGAAUAUGUUGCGCGAUUUAUACGGCUGGCCUCCAAGUACGAGGAAGAUCUGACGGGAUCGACCACUAUUGGGUUCCCGACGGUGUCUUUCACGGGCUCUGGUGCGAAUGCGCGGCUUGGCAGUGGCAUGAUCUGGACCGACGACAUGUCGGGCCCACGUGAACUGCAAGCGAACGCGAGCCGGCUCGACGGAUUCCGAGGGACGGAAAUCUACAAGGCCCUGCAGACAGAUUUCAGGCGCCAAACGGCUUCGUCUCCGAUUCAAGGGUUCGAUCUUCUUCACCAGAUCAUGCGCUUUCGACUGGCGAAGAAUAUGCCGGAUGCUGAGGUCGAGUGCGCGAUGCGUACAUUCUUGGAUAAUGCUCGCAACUAUGAACAGAUCGUUGAGCUCCUGGCGGCGCUACCAAGUCAUGCCGGUGGCCUAUUGCCAUUGAGCUUCGGCUUGUUCCACCAACGAGAACCAGUCCGUGACCUAACCGUCGAUCUGUUCUCGCAGAUACGAAUGUAUCCAAUCGGCGUACAGGCUCUGCAAUCGCUCAAUCACUUUCAACGCUACGCAUAUGUCCGCCUGGCGCAUGCAAGAGAGCGACCGAACGGUGUAGCUCAGGCUCAUGUUGGUCAUCUGUCAAUACCUGCCAACACUCCCGGGUUCUCAAGAACAAAUUCGACGCGCAGUGAUGUGGGAUAG